AUGAACACUUCCUCCUCUGAUCCUUCCGCCGUCAUCCUCGCCCGCUCCAUCAUAUCAAUUGCCAAGGACAUUUCUUCUCGUCAAGCUUCAUUGACAGAUUUGCAAAACAGCACGGAAGUGAAUGCCAACAGCACACUGAGCAGCGCGUCCAACGGCACAGCAUCGCUCUUUACCCGCGCAUUGCCCGUCACCUCCUCCUCUGUGCCGGCUUUGCAAGCUACUUGUCUGGCGCUUCUGCUCCUCGCGAGUCUUUUCGUCGCGUCGGACCUGCUUUGGGGUCUGGUCAGACUAGCGAAGUAUCUGUGGUCUUGCGAAGGAGGUCAGAGCAAAUACAAUCAAAGGAGCAAAUGGAGCGCUUGGAGACCUCUCUACGCCCUCUUUUCACUAUCCGCUCUAGCUUGCAACUCCGCCGCCAUCUUGCACAGGUUGAUCCUAAGCAACGACGGAGAACGGAAUGCUCAGAUUCUGGAGAGUGCAGCCUUUGGAAUGGGAGCUUUGGUAUUCUUGUUCCUGAUCGGCAUCUCUGCUCCCACCAAGGAUAGGCGCACUUCUCCCCGGCUCGUCAAAUUCAACAAUGCUCUGCUCGCUCUGGCGCUCGUGUCUGCUGCUUUGGGCAGCACCGCGCUGCUCGUCCUCACCAGUCGGAGCAACAUUUCAGCAUGGUCAGCUGUACAAGCGUCUUUGGCCGCUCUGCUUGAUGCGGCCAACUCGGACAUCUUCGGAGGAGCCUGUUCUGACACGGACCCGGUCUGCAGCCCAAACGCCCUGACAGAUCGUCUACAAGCGCUGGCGAAUGCCAUCGAAAAGGUAGACUACGUCAAGGGAGGGAUCUUGGGAGUCCUCCUUUUGCUCUUGCUGCUCGUUAAUCUGCGAGCUCAAAGAAACUGUACGCUAUCUGCUCGCAGUGCAGAGGAAGAAGCGAGCCGACUUGCGGUUCGAUUGUCUCAAAGUCGUAGAGGUAGCGCCUUCUCCUUUACUGGUCCGCAUGAUGAGAUGAGCAAAGCUAUGCGCUGCGGUCCUGCUGAUCGCUUCACCGAUCCAGCGCAUCCCGCCAGGAUUGCGGCUGCUCGUUUGGCCCGAUCCCGAAGAUCCAGAAGACCAUCAGAAUUGUUGCGGUCCGAUUCCGGCUCUUCGUAUGGGUCGAUCGAGAAGCAAGGCGAUGCGGUCGACGUGCCAGGAGGAUUCAAAGAGGAUUGGUUUGUCAAUAUGAAUGGUCAAGCGCCCCGCAUGGCUUAUCACGGCGACAAGAUGGACAGAGCUGGUUCGUGGGACGCAAGAGAGCUCAGACCUGGAGAUCUGACUUCCCUCAGCAACGAUUCCAACCACGCAACUCUAGACUUUGGCGCAGGUCUAGGAAUCAUCAUUGGUUCUCCCGGUGCUGCCCUCUUUUCUAAUCCUUACGACGAUCGUGCCGAGUUGCAAAGGCGAAGAUCGGCCCUUUCGAAUGGCACGACAAACGGUAUCAAGCUUGACACAGAAGAUCUUUUCGGAGCUGAGCUCGCACGGCUUUUUGGCUCGAAUCGAGCCCAGGAUCGCAAGGUGAUGGGCGUCGCAGGCUCCGAAAGAGCUUCGUACAGAAAUCACCAUCACAAUGUGCAAGAAAAGAGCAGCAAGGUACAACUGGCCAGCUCCAACAGCUGCGACGCAUCGGGGCAAGGAGCAAAUCGAAACGGCCAGACCAAUCAUGCAUUCUCUCGCGGCAUGCAAGAGCAGAAAAAGUCAUCGAUGCGCAUGAGUCGACAGAGCACAUUGCGAUCCACUCGAUCGGCUCAGUCCAGUCUCUCCUGCGCUUCGCUCGGUACAGUCAUGUCCGACGUGCCCAUUCUUCCAGCCUGGGAAGCCUACGGUCUGUACGUCUCCCACAUCCACUGCUCCUCCCUCACCAACGGAAGCGCAGCGCUAGCUUCUUCCAAACACGUAGCUCGUCGUCGACGAUUACGUCUAGAUCUCAUCCUAGCUCUGAUCAUCCUCGCCAUCCUCGCAAUCUUGCAAUUCCUAAAAUUCGCAGCCGGCGACGAUUUGGCCCUCGGUCUCAGACCAACAUUGCAAUUGGUGGGACAGUGCUCCACGGCUGUCAUCUUUGCAGUCGCUCAUGCUCUCGUCAUGGUUGUGCUCAUCGCUAGGGGAAGCGGCAGCACCAAUCUGUCACUCCGGGACGACGAUGAAGAUCGCGGUCAUCGAGUCGUUCUAGCCUGA